CUCCAUUCCUCGACAGCCAUGGCGAAGUGGCGGGACUUCAUAUUGUUCAGCUCCUUGUUGGCCAGCAUCGCCACUUCCUCUGAUCAAGUGGGAAGAUUCGAUCCUGAUCAUUACUACAUUCUUGAGAGUGGAGGAUCCUACAAGUAUGGACACCAAAGACAAGAUGGCACUUAUGAAAAGGCGGAGGCAAACCAACCAGGAAACGUUUUAGGAGAAUUUGGUUUUAGAGAUGCUUCAGGAACGAACUACAAGCUGGAAUACACUGCUGAUCACAGAGGGUUCCAGCCUUCUGGUGAUCACCUACCUUCAGUUCAUACAAAAGCUACACUAGAAAAUCUGGGAGUUGGUUUUAUAUCUUCUGAUGGAGGCUACACCUUCAACUAUGAUACUGACUCCAGUGAUCGAGAAGAAAGUGCUGACUCAAACCUCAAUGUUAAGGGAAGAUUCAGUUUCCAAGGAACUGAUGGACGCCGCAGAACUAUUCGGUAUAGAGCAGGAGCAGGUACCGGCUUUGUCGCUCAAGGAGAUCACAUUCCUGUUUCCCCAGAGGUACCCUCUGGAUCACAGGUAGUCCCUCAAACAAGGAGUGGUCCUUCAGCACCAUCUUCAGCAUCCCCUGCACAAGUGAGUAGCUCUUCAUCACCAGAUGGAAGUUACAGCUUUAAUUAUGAAACUGACUCUAGUGACCGAGAAGAAAGUGCUGACCCAAACCUCAAUGUUAAGGGAAGAUUCAGUUUCCAAGGUACUGAUGGACGCCGCAGAACUAUUCAGUACAAAGCUGGAGCAGGUACCGGCUUUGUCGCUCAAGGAGAUCACAUUCCAGUUUCUCCAGAGGUUCCCUCAGGAUCACAGGUAGUCCCUCAAACAAGGAGUGACCCUUCAGCACCUGCAUCCCCUGCAACAUCUUCAGCACCUGCAUCCCCUGCAACAUCUUCAGCUCCAGCACCAUUUUCCUCUCCUGCACAAGUAAGCAGCUCUUCAUCACCAGAUGGAAGUUACAGCUUUAAUUAUGAAACCGAUUCUAGUGACCGAGAAGAAAGUGCUGACCCAAACCUCAAUGUUAAGGGAAGAUUCAGUUUCCAAGGCACUGAUGGACGCCGCAGAACUAUUCGGUACAGAGCAGGAGCAGGUACCGGCUUUGUCGCUCAAGGAGAUCAUAUUCCUGUUUCCCCAGAGGUACCAUCAGGAUCACAGGUAGUCCCUCAGACAAGGAGUGGCCCUUCAGCACCAGCACCAUUUUCCUCUCCUGCACAAGUGAGCAGCUCUUCAUCACCAGAUGGAAGUUACAGCUUUAAUUAUGAAACUGACUCUAGUGACCGAGAAGAGAGUGCUGACCCAAACCUCAAUGUUAAGGGAAGAUUCAGUUUCCAAGGCACUGAUGGCCGCCGCAGAACUAUUCGGUACAGAGCAGGAGCAGGUACCGGCUUUGUCGCUCAAGGAGAUCAUAUUCCUGUUUCCCCAGAGGUACCAUCAGGAUCACAGGUAGUCCCUCAGACAAGGAGUGGCCCUUAGCAGCUCUUCAUCACCAGAUGGAAGUUACAGCUUUAAUUAUGAAACUGACUCUAGUGACCGAGAAGAGAGUGCUGACCCAAACCUCAAUGUUAAGGGAAGAUUCAGUUUCCAAGGCACUGAUGGCCGCCGCAGAACUAUUCGGUACAGAGCAGGAUCAGAUACCGGCUUUGUCGCUCAAGGAGAUCAUAUUCCUGUUUCCCCAGAGGUACCAUCAGGAUCACAGGUAGUCCCUCAGACAAGGAGUGGCCCUUUUUUCCUCUCCUGCACAAGUGAGCAGCUCUUCAUCACCAGAUGGUAGUUACAGCUUUAAUUAUGAAACUGACUCUAGUGACCGAGAAGAGAGUGCUGACCCAAACCUCAAUGUUAAGGGAAGAUUCAGUUUCCAAGGCACUGAUGGCCGCCGCAGAACUAUUCGGUACAGAGCAGGAGCAGGUACCGGCUUUGUCGCCCAAGGAGAUCACAUUCCAGUUUCUCCAGAGGUUCCCUCAGGAUCACAGGUAGUCCCUCAGACAAGGAGUGGCCCUUCAGCAGCACCAUCUUCAGCACCUGCAUCCCCGGCACAAGUAAGCAGUUCUUCAUCACCAGAUGGAAGUUACAGCUUUAAUUAUGAAACUGACUCUAGUAACCGAGAAGAGAGUGCUGACCCAAACCUCAAUGUUAAGGGAAGAUUCAGUUUCCAAGGCACUGAUGGACGUCGCAGAACUAUUCGGUACAGAGCAGGAGCAGGUACCGGCUUUGUCGCCCAAGGAGAUCAUAUUCCUGUUUCCCCAGGGGUGCCUACAGGAUCACAGGUAGUCCCUCAGACAAAGAGUGGUUCCUCAGAGCCAGCACAAUCAUCUAGUCAUCUUUCUUCUGGUCAGAGCUCAUUGGAUGGAACAUAUAGCUUUAAUUAUGAAACUGAUUCCAGUAACCGAGAAGAGAGUGCAGAUUCUGAUCUAAAUGUCAAGGGUAGAUUCAGCUUUCGUGCAGAUGAUGGGCGUGAAAGAACUGUUCAGUACAAAGCUGGUGCUGGCUUAGGCUUUGUUGCAGCAGGAGAUCAUCUACCGAUCUCGGUAACAGGCACACCAGGUUUUCCUACUGGUGCGGGAGGUUACAAAUUUGGCUACGAAACUGAUUCCAGUACACGUGAAGAAAAUGCCGAUCAACAUUUGAAUGUUAGAGGCAGAUACAGCUUCCAAGCUGACGAUGGCCUACAAAGAGUUGUCACCUACAAAGCAGGAGCAGAUACAGGUUUCCUUGCAGAGGGUGAUCACCUCCCUGUUGUGAAUUAAUCUGAUAUAUUUCCCGUGAUUUUAUCUAAUCCUGUCAGUACCGCGCCAGGUGAUGGCACCACAUGCUUACAUAAUCAUGUACAUGGGAAGAAGGGCAUAAUUUUCAAUGUUAUAUAUCAGUAAAUUCCUCACAGGUUGUAUGGACGCUAAAUACAUAUCCAACACAAUGUAGAAUAUAAUAAAUGUAUAAAAAAC